AUGACUCCAUGCAACCGAGUAUUUCUGUCUAAGCUUCUGAAAUUCACCGUCGGCACUGAUUGUGAAGAAGUUUUCAUUCACAGUAAUAUACUUAAAUCACAUUCGACGCCCUGGUUCAACAGCGAUAGCGGUAGUGUUGCUGGUGAUGACCCUAUUAUAAUCAAGAACACGGAUAGGCAUAUAUUUAGUUUCGUCUGUCAGUACUUGUACACUGGAGACUACUCUAUUACACUUCCCGGCGACACUCCACCUCCUGGCCUGGCUUCUGGUGGACAAGAUAAGGCGGAGCAGGCGGAUGUACUCGUUCUCGAAAGAAGCCUCUUUCGAGACACAGAGACGGUGGAACAAUACGCGGACUACCUUGUGCGGCGGAUUCAGCCACGGCCAUCUGAGGGGUUGCAAGGCAGCUAUAAUCCUAUUUUCGAUUAUACCGAAAUACUUCUCACCCAUGCUCGUCUUCAGGUUUUUGCCGCAGAAUAUAAACUGCAGGAGCUGCGCGACAUCUGUCUCUUCAAGAUGUUGCAUCUCCUGCAUGCUUUUCCAAUAUGCCAAGAUCGGAUUGGGGAUAUUGUUCGGUUGUUUGACUUUGCCCUCCGCGCGGGCACUGGACGGUGCGAGAAUCUAAUCAGAAUGUUGUGUCAUUAUGCUACUCAGCACAUCCGAUUAUUUCUGCAUAACAGAGAGUUCGAGAUACUUCUGCAGGAACAGCCCACUUUGGGCAAACUUUUGCUUACUACAAGCGGUGGUGGUCCUUGA